CAAAAGAGACGCCGUACGUGCGGCGGGUGGAGUUCGGGCUCCAAGAAGAACACUUAUGUCUGGUGUGCUUCUUCUUCCUUCUCCUCCUUCGUUGUGUCAGAGGGCGAGAGAGAGGGAGGUGCAGAGAGAGAGGAAGGGGAAGCCCGCGGCAACAACAUCUCUCUCCCCAAGAUGAGCUACAUGGCCGAUGAGGUUAACCUGGUUUCUCUUUCAGAUUGCCUAGAUCGGAUCAGCAGCUUGUUAGGAGCCCUCCUAACCGGUGCACAUACUUGGGCUGGCCCGUGGACAGCAUAUGGGCUGGGCUGUGCACACGUUGAAGCGUUGCUGGCUAUAAGUAAGUGGAGAGGAGGCAACGAGGAGGGUAUCCAGUGGAUCAACGAAUUCUCCUACCUCCAGCUCUCUCCCUUCCUCUUUCCCAGUUCCUUGUAAUGGCUACUCUGGAAUCAAAUCCUCUAUGUGUAGUGAGUAAUCAAGAGAUCCUUAGUGUGUCCCUAACAUCUGGUAUUCAGAGCCAGUCCACCAUCCUUUCUGCUCCAUUUUUUUUCUCACCAGUCAUCGCCUUCUUCCUGUUCGACAAAAUGACUAACCACCAAAUGUCCUCAGAUCAAGUUCUCAGCAUGGUGGUGGAGCAAGCGAUUUACCCUAUCACUACUGAUGUAUUGUAUUCCCUCUUUGCUCCUUUUGGUGUAGAGCAGUUGGUGGUGUAUCCCCAAACAAAAUCAGAGGAUGGAGAGCCUUGUGUAGCGGCGGACGUCCGAUUCACUUCGGCGCACGCGGCGGCGCACGCGUUCGUGUACUGGGAUGGCCGCUGCAUCUACUAUCGGUGUUGCCGCCUACAGAUGUGGUGCGCUAUACUCGACGUGUUGCCGGCCCCAGCGUCUCCUUCACCCACCGUCGUCAAGGAAAACCAUGACACUGUCGUCGACCUCAACAACUCCACCACGGCCAUCUCUAGUCAUGACGACAAGUCCGUCGGGUCCGUCAACAUCCCUGCGACAGCCAGCACCAGCACACCGCCUCAUGUCCAUGAUACAUCGCCCAAGUCUUCCCUGAACAGGGACUACCGUGUCCCCAUCGCGGGCACGGACGAGUACACAUUGGUGGCGGCAAUUCCAAAAGUCGUCACCGAGCUCGCAGUCUUCCCCGGCGUCCCCUCCACCACCAAGGCCCAGGAGGUCCUCGAAGUCAUCCACGGCGUGCCCCCUGCCUGCAUCACGAUGGCGCACAUCACCUGUUCGACGGAUGGCUCGAACCAAGUUAUCGCCACCAACAGCGUCAACAAGGUCACCACCAAUCUCCUCAAGCCCGCGGUCGACCUCAACGACAAUGAGGUUGAGCAGCUCGCAGUUGUACGGCCAAUGCACUCCAUUAGCACGGGCACCUUCGGCAUCGCCGAAGAGGUCGUUCCUUCCGGGGCGUCCACCACCGACAUCGAUUCCAAGAAUGGCAUGCAGGAGCUCGAUGCCUCAUUUUUGAUCUCCAUCAACACCUCCCAUCUUGUGAGAAACAAGGUUUCAUCCAUCAAACUGAUGCAGCUGUUUGUGGACCAUGACGUGGAUUUGCCGCCCACAAGGCACCACGGGCUGCAGAUACGUCCGAUGCCGUGGCCAUCACUUUCGGGAGACCUUGCAGAUGGCAGGGAGGUACGACCCAUCCCUUGGCCUUUGUUCCCUGUGAAGAAGUUUAUGGAGCAUCCAUUCCAGUAUGUCCAAUUGCUUGAUAUGACUAGUAGCACCUUUCCUGUGGAAUCAUGUCAUGCUGGAGAACUUGUGGGCAAUCACAAUGUACACUGCAUCCAGAUAACCUCUAUCGAGCCCUUGUGCUUAUGGUCUUUGCAACAGAACAAUGUUGGUUCCUGUCACCAUAAGCAUGCCAAUCUAUUUUCUUACAAUAAACAGUGGCCUUUGGAAUGGGGUACAUGCACUAUUAUUCUUGCUCUUGGAACGCAUCAUUCUGGUCUUGCUCCUAUGGCUGUACAUCAUUUUCGGCGUGCGAAGAAACACAGUGCUUGGAACUGGAUGAGCGGUUUUGAUUUUUAGUUAAUACAGUGUGAGCCAGUGCUAUCUUUUGAU